CGGGGCGCGGGCGCUGGGCCGGCGGCUGCGGGCGCAGCAUGGCGGUGGAAGAAGAGGGCUUGCGCGUCUUCCAGAGCGUGAGGAUCAAAAUUGGGUCGGUCCUAGCCACUGUGGGCACCUCAGUGUCUUUUUGAAUGAGUUGCUUUCUUCAGUGAGUCAGAGUGAAGCCAAAAACCUUCCUUCUUACCCUGGGCCAAACAAGAUGAGGGAUUGCUACUGCACCGUGAACCUGGACCAGGAAGAGGUGUUUAGGACCAAAAUCGUGGAGAAGUCGCUGUGCCCCUUCUAUGGAGAAGAUUUCUACUGUGAAAUUCCCCGGAGUUUCCGCUACCUGUCGUUUUACAUUUUUGACCGGGAUGUUUUCCGGAGGGAUUCCAUCAUAGGAAAGGUGGCCAUCCAGAAAGAGGACUUGCAGAAGUACCACAACAGGGACACCUGGUUCCAGUUACAGCAUGUGGAUGCUGACUCAGAGGUGCAGGGCAAGGUCCACCUGGAUCUGCGACUGAGUGAGGUCAUCACGGACACGGGCAUUGUCUGCCACAAACUCGCCGCCCGUAUUAUCGAGUGCCAAGGCCUCCCCAUUGUCAACGGGCAGUGCGACCCUUACGCCACAGUGACUCUGGCUGGUCCACUCAGAUCAGAGGCCAAGAAGACAAAGGUGAAGAGGAAGACCACCAACCCCCAGUUCGAUGAAGUAUUCUACUUCGAGGUGACUAGGCCCAGCAGCUACAGCAGGAAGUCACACUUUGACAUUGAGGAGGAGGAUGUGGACAAACUGGAGAUCAGAGUGGAUCUCUGGAAUGCCAGCAACCUCAAGUUCGGAGAUGAGUUCCUUGGAGAAUUGCGCGUGCCCCUGACCGUGCUGCGGGCAUCCAGCUGCUAUGAUGCAUGGUAUUUUCUCCAGCCCCGGGACAACGGCAGCCGCAGCCUGAAGCAGGAUGAGCUGGGCUCACUGAGGCUAAAUGUUGUCUACACAGAAGACCAUGUUUUCUCCUCCCAGUAUUACAGUCCCCUACGUGACCUGCUGCUCAAAUCUGCUGAUGUGGAGCCAGUCUCGGCGUCAGCUGCUCACAUUCUGGGUGAGGUGUGCCGAGAGAAGCAGGAGGCAGCCGUCCCUCUGGUGAGGCUCUUUCUGCACUGCGGCCGGAUUGUGCCCUUCCUCAGCUCCAUCGCCAACGCCGAGCUGAAAAGGACCCAGGACCCCAACACCAUUUUCCGAGGAAACUCACUGACCUCUAAGUGCAUUGAUGAGACCAUGAAGCUGGCUGGAAUGCAUUACCUGCAUGUCACACUGAAGCCUGUCAUCGAGGAGAUAUGCCAGAGUCACAGAUCCUGUGAAAUUGACCCCGUGAAGCUGAGGGACAGUGACAGCCUUGACAACAACAUGGAGACCUUGCGCCAGCACGUGGACCGUGUCUUUACUGCCAUUACCACCUCUGGGGUCAGCUGUCCAACUGUCAUGUGUGAUAUCUUCUUCUGCUUGCGUGAGGCAGCUGCCAAACGCUUCCAAGACGACCCUGAUGUGCGAUACACGGCCGUGAGUGGAUUCAUCUUCCUAAGGUUCUUUGCACCUGCCAUCCUCUCCCCCAACCUCUUCCACCUGACACCGCACCACACGGACCCUCAGACGUCCCGAACCCUGACGCUCAUUUCCAAGACCAUCCAGACGCUGGGUAGCUUGUCCAAGUCCAAGUCUGCCAGCUUCAAGGAGUCCUACAUGGCCUCAUUCUAUGAGUUCUUCAAUGAGCAGAAAUAUGGGGAUGCCGUGAAGAAUUUCCUAGAUUUGAUCUCCUCAUCGGGGAGAAGAGAUCCAAAGAGCGUUGAGCAGCCGAUCCUGCUGAAGGAAGGGUUCAUGAUCAAGAGGGCGCAAGGGAGGAAGCGCUUUGGGAUGAAGAACUUCAAGAAGAGGUGGUUCUGCCUGACCAACCACGAGUUCACAUACAGAAAGUGCAGAGGGGACCAGCCACUGUACAGCAUCCCCAUUGAGAACAUCCUGGCUGUGGAGAAGCUAGAGGAGGAGUCCUUCAAAAUGAAGAAUAUGUUCCAGGUGGUCCAGCCGGAGCGUGCCCUUUACAUCCAGGCCAACAACUGCGUGGAGGCCCGGGACUGGAUCGACGUGCUCACCAAAGUGAGCCAGUGCAACCAGCGGCGCCUUACUUUCUACCAUCCUUCGGCCCACCUCAACGGACACUGGCUGUGCUGCCGGGCCACCUCGGACACUGCGCCCGGCUGCUCCCCUUGCACCGGGGGCCUCCCAGCCAAUAUCCAGCUGGACAUUGAUGGAGACCGCGAGACAGAACGCAUCUACUCCCUCUUCAGCUGCUACCUGGGCAGGCUGGAGAAGAUGCAAGAGGCCUGUGGCAGCCGGUCUGUGUACGACGGCCCUGAGCAGGAGGAGUACUCGGCGUUUGUCAUCGAUGAUCCCCAGGAGACCUACAAGACCCUGAGGCAGGUCAUUGCCGCGGUGGGAACCCUGGAACAAGAACAUGCGCAGUAUCGGAGGGACAAGUUCAAGAAGACGAAAUACGGGAGCCAGGAGCACCCCAUUGGAGACAAGAGCUUCCAGAACUACAUCCAGCAGCAGUCAGAGAGCUCCACCCACUCCAUAUAGAGUGUGCAGCAUCCAAGACAGCCCCACAGCCAUGACAAGGGGCGAGGACAUGGAUCUCACGCCCGCCAUUGCCCAAGGAAGCCGAGAUCUUCCCCAGAGCUACCCUGAAGAGGCCAUGCAACGUGUGUGUUGCCCAGCUCCAGUGUUAGGCGCCCAAUCACAUGUCAGGAGCUUGGGGUAGUCGGUGUCCUGGGGACCCAGUGAUCUAGAACAGCCAGCUAUGAGGGACCCUUCCUUCCCCAUGCCCUGGGCACCUGGGGCUGCACCACUUCUAUUCAGCCCCACAUCUGGGCUGGGCACACUGGGCCUUCAGGGAUAUUUGCCAAUAGCCUGCAGUAGAGUCAGCUUCCACCAGCCCCACCCUACUGAAAGGGUUACAAAAGCAACAGGUCCCCUCGCACAGCUCCUGGUUCCAGCCUUUGCAGGCCUGCCUACCAGGUGCACGCAACUCUGCUGUUAAAUGGGACCUGGCAGAGGGGGAGCUGAGAAGACCUCAGAGCAGAGCAUGCAUCAACACUGGUGUGGGGCUGUUUCUAUUCAUCCUGACAGGUUUCAGGACCCAGGCUGUGCUGAGGGGAGGGACCUCUGAUGGGAAGACCCAGAGGAGAAAGGUAGUAUGAGGGCUUGAGGCCCACAGUGAAGCAGGCAGGGCCUGGGCCACUUUCCCCAGGGACCACAGACCCCCAGCCCAAGGCCCCUCCUAUGAUGCCACCAGCAAAACAUGACACAGCAGGAAAAUACUGUAAAAAGGUGACUUUGGGACUCACAGCUGUGACAGGACUGUAAUUUUUAACCUGGAUUUGUAUUUAACACUUCUGUUUAUAAUAUACUAAUGACUUGUGAUGCAA